AUGCAGCUCACGUUUCUAAAUCUGACAAAUGCGCCGAAUCUGAACCCCGCUGAGUUGAAAGUCGUCCGGGGUCAUGUCACCAAGUCCAAUUUUGCGCGGCGGAGGGUGCGUCUUCGUGGAGGGACGAACGAAGCUGAUAAGCCAUUGGACAAGGAAUCACGCGGUGUAGGACCUGAAGCAUUGGUAAAUAAAAGUUCCGGGGUGCGUGGCAACAAUGCGGUAUGCGAUGGUGAGCUGCCAUCUGAGUAUGGACUCUUACCCAGGAGCUUGCCUGCACCUGACCGCGAGAUACGAUUCUUGCUCACAAAAUACCGACCUCUUGUGUUCCCUACCUCCCUGGAAGGGGAAGAGUCAGAUACGCCGCAUGCUUCCAAAUGGUUCACGCUUAUGAGGUCUGAGCAAGCAUUGGUAGAGGCAUCCAUGGCCAUUGCUAUUGGAUGUGGUUCGAAUGAUUCACCAUCACAAUUUUCUCAAAAGGGGACAAUGCAUACUUAUCGCGCUGUCAAAAUCAUCUCCCGGAAACUUAGCCGCGGCUCUUUGGAGCUGACAGACGGUCUGCUCGCGGCAGUGUUCACACUCUCUUACAGUGAGCUUCUGAGGGAUAAUCCAGUGGCUCGUGAGUCUCAUGUUGCGGGACUCGCUGAAAUGGUUAAGCUGAGGUCCGGGCAAAAUUCACUGCCCAAGUGGCUGGCAGACUUUCUUGUUCACGACUCAAUUGGCGCAGUGAUAAUAUCACCAGAUGAGUACUGCACAAAAGUUGCUGUUGCGAUAGGAACACCAAAUAGCGAACUGUACAUCCGCAACAUGGCCAAGGUAUCCAAAAUGCUCGCCGAACUACGUGAACUGCUCGACGGAUUAGACACAUCUCGAAACGCUCGAGUAAAAGCACAUAUUGGUAGGAGAAUCGCAGCGGCGACUCGAGUCAUCGACUCUCUUCCCAAGCUGGACAGCUCUUAUCUGCAGGCGUUGGAAUAUGCUCUGCGGCUGUACUUGGCGCUCCUGUGGCCGCCCGCUUCGGACGUGGACACGGAAUAUUGGCUGCUUGGGUUGAAGGACUCUCUGGGAGUGCCAAAAGUUAGGCUCUGUGCUGCGGUGCACUUGACGGCCUGGCAGCUCUUUGUUGGUGCGGCUUCAGCUGGGGGAGAUUUAGAGAUGAAGGCCUGGUUUAUGGCACGGUUGAAGAGGACAUUGGCGUCUAUGAGGGUGGAUAGUUGGGAGAGGUUGUUGGUGGUGUUUUCGAAAACGUUUAUGCCGGACAUGAGGCUUCUGGCUGAGUUUGAGGGCGUGUGGAAUGAAGUGGUUGAUCCGAGUUGA